GACAAAGCAAUACAGCUGCCAAGGUAAUUGAAACUAUCAUACAUAACAUAAACAGUGGCUCCAAUCCAUAUUUGAUCCGUUUGCCUCAUCUUAUGUAACCAUUUCAUAAUUUUGAAAGCACCCUCCAGAACACAGAUAUUAUUGCGCUCUUGAUGAAGACCCCGUGCAGACCUCCAACAAUCCAAAAACCGUGACAAGACGGUACCGGAAUCAGCAGGUUAAACGUGGUUAAAUCUGGCCUAGACAUGGCUCUGGGGUGCGUGGUUGGAGGAGAAAAAGUUUUCUUUCUUGAAAUGCAGAGGGAACUGACUGCUGUAAGCUAGCUUCAGUGACCGAUAGAUUACUGUUCUGCUAGUUACUUUCGUCUUCCUAUGUUUUUAUACGUGGGUGUAGCACCUCCCAGUUUCUUUGGUCAUAGAUCUUGUCACCCCUUGUAGGCUACACUUACUGUACGUACAACAUGCUUCUGGGGUUUAGCGCGGUCCUAUAGAUGUGGAGGAACCCUAUAGGCUUUUCCACAGGGCCCCCUUCUCACCUCUAUUUACCACCACUAUCUCAUUCGGACCGCAUGGUAGUGCUGAAACAUGCCGAGACAUUUGCAGGGAAGCUCGGUUCCAUCGCAGGUCCGCAUGGUCGGUUCGGGUUUGUAACUGGAUCUGCUCUGGGGGCAUGGUCUCCCCCACCACAGCUAAAGAGAACUAUUGGAAAGGAGUAAAAAGUGCAAAGAGUACAAAUAACCCAAUAAGGAGGUGAACAAUACAGGAGAUCUACACACCGAGAUUUGAAUCAAUGUUUGAUCAAGCCACGAAUAUGGGCGAUGGGAUCGCGGAGAAUCGCAACAACCACCACCGAGUAUCCAACUCUCUUAGCGGUGACCGGAUGGACAAAUGCCAUACCGAACUUGAGAGCAGGUCGCCGGUGCAGAGCACUACUGAUACCCCGGGAACCUCGGCGUCUACUCCGACCUCCUCCAGUGAAGAUGGACAUGAUAAACUUUUAGGAGUGGAUCCAGACUACUGCCGGAGGAUAUUAGUUCGAGACGCUAAGGGAACUAUCCGGGAGAUCGUGUUGCCAAAGGGUCUGGACCUCGACAGGCCAAAACGCACGCGGACCUCAUUCACUGCAGAGCAGCUCUAUCGGCUUGAGCUGGAGUUCCAGCGCUGCCAGUAUGUAGUCGGUCGCGAGCGCACUGAGCUGGCGAGGCAGCUGAACCUGUCCGAAACACAGGUUAAAGUGUGGUUUCAAAACCGCCGCACCAAGCAGAAGAAAGACACGACCAAGGAUUCUGACAAGCGCUCCUCCUCCACAUCCGAGUCGCUGGCCACCUGCAACAUCCUGCGCCUCCUCGAGCAGGGGCGACUCCUCUCUGCACCGCCCCUCAACCCCCUGAUGGGCUCCCAGCACCAAGGAAACGGCUCUCUAAUGGCCAGUCCUGGAGGCUCCUCCUCCUCACCAGGGGUGAAUAGCAGCACGCCGCCCGGGAAUGGCACACAUGGCGUAGGUGGAACCUUUGGGCUGUCGCUGGGUGGGACCACACCGUCAACCCGUCUGGGUGUUCCCCCACCACACUCACUGUGCUUCUCCAUGCCGCUGCUCGGGGGCGCUCAUCAUGAACUGCCGACCGGUUACGGGUGCGGGUCGUCGGCAUUCGAGCCCUACAUGCGACUUGACCGGAUCUCCAAGGAUGGAGAUCUGAACGGAAAGAAGACAGUUUCCUAAGGGCCCUUUUGGUUAUGGGUUUGCUCCCCCCUUCCCUUCCCUCUGUUCUGCUUCCGCCUCUCCACCAACCAAGGUCAUUGGCUCUCAUUGGUUGGAUGGCCAACAGCACUGUCCACCAUUGGCUGACAAGGAUGUCCAUACUGACUACAGCAGGUUUCUCUAUGCGUCGCCACUUUGUGUCGUAGGUUGGACCCCGUUCCCAUGUGUUCUUGAGCUACUGUCUGCCACAGACAAGGGGGAGGAUGACGACUGUCCCACACAAAAACUUUGCUUCAGAAUAUUUUGAGCGAUAGUGUGUGUGUGUGUGUGUGUGUGUGUGUGCGUGCAUGUGUAUAUAUGUAUGUGUGUAUGAUCAAUGGAGAACCUGUAUUUUUUCCUAAUACUUCUCCAUCGACCUUACUGGGGUUUGGGUUGAUUACCCUUUACUUCAUCCAGUCAGUGCAUUUGUGUGAUAUUCUAUUCUUUCUUUAGGCUUUCGUUUUUUACUGUUAAAUAAUGUAUUUUUUAAAAG